AUGUAUAAUACUGUACGGGUAUGUACAACCAGUACCUUGUGGACCCCAAGCACAGAAUGACGUACCGCCUGUGGGCGCCGAUAAGCUGAGGCCAAGCAGCCGCGGAAGGAAGGCUGCUGCAGUGACUCGGGACGCCACGCAGGCCGACAACAAGCGGCAAAGGCAACCGAACAACAGAAGGACAACGGACACACAAAGCAUGCGUCGAAACCUCUAGUAUUUCAACGCCGCUAGCUGGUGGUCUCCCCUUUCGUGCACUUGGGCCAUCUGCAACAUGGGGUCCCGAAAACGGGUGAAACCCAAUCCUUCUGCUGAGGGAAGUGCUGCAAGUCUGCCAGCAACCGUGGCAUCGCAAUCAUCGCAGUACUCAUCCAAAUCAUCGCAACCGCGCUCUUCAAUGACAGAGGACUCAACCGAAGUUGCAACUCCCACCACAUCGAAAAUAUCAAAACCGAAUUCGAACUGCAGCGGAGACAACUUGAACCAAGUCCACAAGACUAAGAGCUGGUAUGGAUCUUGGCCCCGAAUUCCGAAAUCAGCUGCCUCGACGCAGGUUGCUCGGGAGUCUAUCCUUGGAGGGACAUCGAAACCCAAGGGAACUGUGGACCUUAGCCGAUUCGAGUCGAAGAAAGCUUCCGACGGUAUCAGUAUCAAUGAAUUACCUCUAUCCGGCUCUGAUCCAUCGAAAAGCCACGAGAGUAUGGCGGCAGCAGCCGACGAAAGUUCUGGUCCAGUGGCCCAAACUUCCGAGGAGGUUAAGAAACCGGAGGAGAUUAAGAGACCCGAGGAAGUCAAGAAACCCGAGGUCAAGAUAGACGCAAAAGAUGCCAACCAAGAAAUGGCAGCAGCAAGCGGUGAGCAGGAACAGGGGACUGGGGCGUCCCCAGAUCAACCUACACAGACUCCUACAGAGAAUCCGAUACUUGCUGAAUCGACUCCCCAAAGACCUGCCUCUGGCUGGUUCGGAUGGCUUGGGAAGCCUGCAUACACUGAACCUGUCGUAAAGCAGCCUACUUCAGUUUCAGAACCUACUGCUCCGGAGCCCGCUGCUUCAGCGACUGCCGAGAUGAAGUCACCGGACGUCAACCCCGGGCCAGACAACAAAGAAGUGCAACCAGAGCAACCAGAGCAACAAGAGCAACAGAUUUCCGAGGGCAUCCAGGCACCCAGCGAUCAUCCGGUUCAGGGCAGAUCUGAACCCGUCUCUGGAAGUUAUUGGUUCUGGCGUUGGUCUAGCACGAGCCUGUCUGCCCCAUCUCAACCAACCCCGCAGCCCGAACCUGAGCCCAGACCUGCGCCUGAUCCCUCAGCGGUAGAUCCAGGGGCCUCGGCUUGCCCAAUGAAAGAACCCGAGGAUGUGGCCAUGAAGGAUGCGCCAGCAGCUGAGGUUCCUCAUAAGCCUUCCGCGCCUCCGCCCAGAGCGGGCUCUACCUGGGCCUUUUGGUCUCGCGAUACCAGCUCGGCAUCGGGCAAGAAGCCGGUCCAGCAAGGGGAACAUGGAGAACAAGGCGAACAAGGGCAGCUUGCAGUUAUGGGCGAGAGCUCUGAAACUCAUCCCAAGAGAGCAAAUUCGAUGGAGUUCAACGGACCAUCAGUUAAGGAGCCUCCGUUGAAGUCAGGAUCCAAGGAUGGUCUGGGCAAGGCUGCCCCUGAAUCCUCGUCCAAGAGGAGCAAACGUGUUCGUCCGCAGUCAAUGGAUAUCGACGAUGUGACGCCUUCUCGACCUAGUACACCAAAGGUCGAGACAUCAGCGAAAUCACAGGCCCCCAAAACACCAGCCACGGCGAAGACGUUGCCACCAAACCUUCUCCUGCCAUCAUUCAGUGGCACCUACAAGCUCAAGGAAAACGCUUCCAUUCUAAAACAGAUCGCCCAGCUGCUGCUCAGGACCCAACAGCCAUCGGCGAAACAUGUCUACCUAACCAAGGAACCGCCAAAGAUUAAGAAGGCCAUCGCAAUCGGCGUGCAUGGUCUCUUUCCUGCAAACUACCUGCGCCCAAUGAUUGGCCAGCCUACCGGCACAUCAAUCAAGUUUGCCAAGCACUGCGCCGAGGCAGUUCGGAGAUGGGCUGAUGCCCAUGGAUGUGAAGAUUGCGAAAUCGAGAAGGUCGCUUUGGAAGGGGAAGGGAAGAUUGGCGAGCGAGUUGAGAAUCUAUGGAAGCUUCUGCUGAACUGGAUUGACCAUAUCCGUCAUGCGGAUUUGAUUCUCAUUGCCUGCCACUCACAGGGCGUCCCCGUCAGCAUCAUGUUGCUUGCAAAGCUCAUCGAGCUCGGCGUGGUAACAUCGGCGAAGGUUGGCGUGUGUGCAAUGGCUGGCGUUUCCUUGGGCCCUUUCCCUGACUACCGCUCUAGCAUGGGUAUUCUCAUGGGGUCGGCUGCUGAGCUAUGGGAGUUUGCCGACCCGCAGAGCGAUGUGUCAAAGAGGCUCGAGGCCUCUACAAAGGCCGUUCUAAGUUACGGCGCGCGCAUUACAUACGUUGGCAGCAUCGACGACCAGCUGGUUCCGUUGGAGUCCGCCAUUUAUGCGCCAGCCCACCACCCAUACAUUUACCGCGCAGUGUUUAUCGACGGCCGGAUCCAUGCCCCGGAUUUCAUUGCCCACCUUGUGGGCUUUGCCCUCAAGCUUCGAAACUUAGGCGUUUCGGACCACGGCCUCAUACGCGAGCUCUCCGCCCCACUAGCUGGGAGUUUAUACUCGGGGGAAGGCCACUCCCGGCUCUAUGACGACGAGCAAGUAUACGACUUAGCGGUAACACACGCCUUAGAGACUACCGACAUUAUCGGUAGCGUAGAAUGUGAGAUGCAUAAGCGUCAGGGGCCAGGCCUGUCGAACCCCAAUCCAUAUCACCUCCCGUGGAUUAUGCGAGGCCUGCUCGAGGAGGACUUUGUCAAGACGGAGCUGUCAGCCGAGACGGCCGAGCUGGUUAGACAAUUUGACGACUGGAAGCCUGUCACCAAGGCGUUGAAGGAUGUCAAGUACCGACUGGAAGCCGUGAGGUCAAAGCUGUAGAUUUCUUUUGGUCCCUUGCUAGAUCGGGGUCUGGCUCAGUAGAGGGGCAUUGUUUUCGGGCGUAAAGGUUGGUAUGGAGAUUCGGGCUGGACGGGGCGAUAACAACGGUAACCAUCUCGGGCAAGUGCUAUGCAUGGUAUUGGGUUGUUGAUAUUUAUUAUUGGCAAAGAGGUUUCGGCGUCUUUACUGGAAGAUAGGUCUCGCGGCCAACCCACGAAACCGGAAUAGCAGGAACGGACACAGCAUGCGUUAUGCUACCAGAAGACUUAGCAUUGCUUCCGAUAGGCAUGUGCUCUAGGGUGUAGAUAUUUCAUCUAUAUAUGACUGCACGCAGCGGCAAAUCACCUCCUACGUUUCCUAAGCCGGAUAUUGAUAUGUGAAC